AUGCCGCCCACGGAGGAGGACUUGGCAUGGCUACGGUCCACGUUUCAUCCUAUUCCAAAACCUGCUCUUCCGGAUGAUUGCAUUGAAUACUCUUUGUACAUCUUAUCCACUUCCCUUGACAGGAGCAAUGACUCGGAACUACGGUUGCGGCUACGGGAUAUCCAAAAGCAUGCAACAGAUCUACAAAAGCGGUGCCUUAAAGACUACAUCUGGCAAAGACAGGGAUUCUCUCUCGAAUUAAACAAAGAAGAUGGGCUGAGCUUUCUACGUGGACGUACUGAGUACGGUGACUCAGUCGAAGACGAAUGGGUCGUUGUAUGGGUCUUGAAAGAGCUGACGAAAAGCUUCAGCGAGCUUUGGGUUAAGGUAACAGAUAGCGAUGGCGAGUUCCUGCUAAUCGAGGCGUCUGGUACGCUCCCAGCGUGGCUGGAACCUGAGGUAGCAGAGAAUCGUGUCUGGAUCAAUAACGGACAGCUUCGGAUCAUCAAGCCUGCAGCUAACUCUCGAAGCUCGAAGCGGACGGACGAGAAACUUUCUCUCCUCCAAGCGAGAGAGAUCAUCUUGAACGAACCGCAACGUAUAAUGCACUCUACAAGCAUGGAGGAAGAGGCAUUUUUCCGACUGCGAAAUUAUCCAAAGCAGAUUACGGAGAAUAUGCACCAUGCCGUCAUCACCAUUCCUCGAACGAUAGCGUUCUUGCUACACCAGAAGCCAGCGUACAUCAGCCCUGCAGUCGAAGCAUUCUAUCUCCGGGACCCUAUUGCUCUCAAACCAUUACAAUCAAAGGACAACAUGGACAAAAUGAGCUUCCCGCCUGAAGAUUUCGUAAGUGUGAGCGUAAAGUUCCCUCGGGUUGCCUAUGCACAAGUCAAGUCACAAGACUUCCCACCACCAGCCGUUUUUGCGGGUGCGAUGCCCUCGAGAACAGAAUCCAAAUCCUACGCUCGGGCAGAGACAGGGAUGAAAGUAGCUUGCGGCUUUGAGAUGCUCGUAUCUGAUUCUCAAUUUCAGGACAAGCCAGCCGUCCGAGAGAUGAAAAUGCUCUUGGAAGAUCUUAAAUCCGGAGACGAAGCCUUGCCCACAACAUCCGAGAUCGAAACGUGGGAGCAAUACGAGGAUGACGACAAAUGGCUGGACAUAAAUUUUGACGACCUCGACAACGAACUCGACGGCCGCCGCAAGGGCCAAACAAGUGCAGGCAAGAAAGGCACUUUUGGCGACAAAGCAGCGCAAGAAAACCUGCAAAGAAUCGUCAAGCAAUUUGAACAGUUUUUGAACGAUGAUAAGGCUGGGCUGGAUGGAGCGGGCAUGUUUGAUGAGGACAGCAGUGACGAUGACGAUGACGAGGAGGAUGAUAUUGACGACCUUGAAGAUGACGAUGACCAAGGCGAAGACAAAGAUGCCAGCUUCAACGAAGACGACUUUACGAAGAUGAUGCAGGAGAUGAUGGGCAUGCCGCCCGAGGUCAUGAAGGAGAUCAUGUCGGGCAAGCUUGGGCCCGGGGCACAAGACCCAGCGAAUCGGGCCGGUCUACGUCAGCCCGCGGCAGGAACUGGCCGCAUUAUCGAGGGCGGUCUUGAUAGCGAAUUAAGCGAUGAGGGCGAGGACGAGGACGGAGGUGAAGAUAUGCAAGCAUUCAUGAAGCAGAUGGAAGCCGAACUGCGGGGCACUGGAGUGCUCGACCUCAACCCACCAGCGUCGUCUUCGAAGCGUGGGAAACAAGCCGCCGCUAUCAAGGGUGCCGCGACUAGUGGUAGCAACGAGAUCGAGGAAGUGGACAGAGAUAGCGACGUCGACGAGCUUUCAUCCGACGACGAAGACAUCGACAACGAGAUCGACGUGAACCUGGCUCGCAAUCUGCUCGAGAGUCUCAAGUCGCAGGCUGGGACGGCCGGGCCCGGUGGGAAUCUAAUGGGGAUGCUGGGGCUUGGCAUGCUUCCGAGAGAUGAGAACGAUCCUGGAGGUGAGGCUGGUCCCAGUGGAUACUCUAAGGGGAGGAGCAAGAAGGAGUGA